AUGCACGCAAUCCGCCCACGGCCGACAUGUCGCGCCCAUAACAACUUCUCGCCCUCGAUCGCUCUGUGGCAGCAUUUCAUUGCGCCCAACGAACGCCUGCAGCCGUGGCAGCUCAAGUCUCCGUUCGCAACCGAGGCUCCGCGAAGCCACGAUGAUGGAGUUCUUGUUCCAGAUAGAGGAGUGGGCGCUUCGGAGCUCAAGGAUGCAUCUGGCUCUAUACUAAUCAAAAGAUUCAAAACCGAUAGAGGCAACUGGCGGAGCAGAGACUUAUCGCCAAAGCCUGGAGAGCUCGGCGAGCAGAAACAAGGCGUAUCUCGUAGAGGGCACAUUCCAGGAACUCGCCAAGAUGCUGAGAAGCUGCUCAUCUACGCCAAGGAGGCGUACGAGAAGGCGUCGGACUACCAAGGUGUCACUGUGCAGCCAAUCCGCCCCCAUGGCUUGUUCAAGGAGAGCCACUUACCAUGGGCUUCCAGCAAUAAGGGCGCAAAGUCAGGAGAAGACAGGUUGGAACUCGAAAUCCAAGCCUUCCACGAGUACGUACGACCGAAUCGAGCCGAGAGUAUUGCUCGAAAGCAUGUCAUCGAGCAGGUCCGGCGGCACGUCCAGAAGAUUCUCCCCGAAUACGUCCUCGAGGUUUUUGGUUCAGAACGGACUGGGGUUGCCUUUGCCGGGUCAGACAUCGAUUUGCGCUUGGUCCCCAAACAUAUCAUGGCGGAUACCGCUCAAGCCAAGCUUCCGCCCACUCCCGAGGACAGAGCGAAACGGAGAAGAGAUCUGAAGCGUCUACACCGCGCCCUGCUGCACAAACACAAACACGAUUACAUGCUUCCCACGGUGCGAUGGGCGCGAUACCCUUUGAUCACCCUGCAAGACCGGGCAUCAGGACUGGAUGUACAGCUGGUGCUCUCCAACGAUACAUCUGUCAGCAGGGAAUUGAUGCAACGCUACAUGACCGAGUACAGUUACCUACCGCAGCUCUACUCGGUCGUCAAGGCUAUUUUGGACAUCAGGGGGCUUUCAGAUGUCUUUCGCGGAGGCAUCGGCUCUUACUCUCUCUUCAUGAUGGUAGUCGCCAGCCUCAAGCACAAGCCGUACCCGGGUAACAGAGUAGGGGGCGCGCUGACCUUCUUCCUGCGCUUCUGGAGCUCGUUUAAGACGAAGGGGCUUGGCGUUUCCAUUGAGCCACCAGAGUUCUUCGACAAGUCACAGCAAGUCGUCAUGCACGCCAAAGCCACGAGUCAUAUCGAGGAAGGGCACACACCACCCCUCCCCGCGUGGAUGCUCACCCUCCGCGACCCCGCCGACGAAACCAACGACUUGGGACGCAAGACAAUCGCAUGGAAACACAUACAAACAACCUUUGGAAACCUUGCGGUGAAGCUGCGAGAAGACGUGAAGGUCAACACGCGCCCCAGCUUGCUGGCACCGCAUGUUGGCCCCAUGUACAUGCUGCACCAGGCGCGCCGCAAGAGACUGACCAAGUAUGGAGAGUACGUGGCGACGGAAGGCGGCAAACACGCUGAAAUGGGAGAGAUGACGAGGAGUUUCAGAAAAGUCAGUACUGCGAUCGAGAGACAGGGUGCACCAGUCGCCCCAAGGGCAGCCGCGACGAUCAACGAAGCUGCGGGACCGGCCACCCGAAAAAACCUGGCUGCUACAUCGCAGGCAGUCGGAGAGAACGAGGCUUCUAGUGAACGGUCAGCACACGAGCCCGAGGCCGUUUCAUGGCAAAAGCAGCAGAACAUGGUGGACAAGACGGAGUGA